ACGAUGACUAUCGGCCUGGCAGUGUUGACGGCUUUGUUACUGCCACGAAUGACUAGUCAGUCAUCGGUUCGGUUGGGAGCAUUUAAUAUCCAAGUUUUUGGUCAGUCGAAACUGGCAGAUGCUCCAACUCUGGAUGUUAUUGUCCAAAUCGUACGGCGGUACGAUGUUCUCCUCAUUCAGGAGGUGAGAGACAAGAGAGAGACAGCUAUCGUCACGCUUCUAGAGUUAGUCAACAACGGAACGGACACUUACAACGCCACCAUUAGCCGUAGACUUGGGAGGACUACCAGCAAAGAGCAAUAUGCGUUCUUCUAUAAGAGAGAACAUUUUCAAAUCGUCGAUUCUUUUCACUACCAAGACGAGCAUGAUGUAUUCGAGCGAGAACCGUUUGUCGUGUUGAUGCAAGGAAGAAACAACGGAGUUGGCCAGUUUUCUCUGAUUUCUUCUCAUGUUGAUCCAGACAAUGCUCCUGUCGAAAUCUCAGCUCUUGUCCAUGUCUAUAACGAGUCUGUCGCGAGGUGGAGCAUUAACGAUUCACUGAUUUUAGGUGAUUUCAAUGCUGAUUGUUCGUAUGUCCCAUUGCGGGAGUGGCCAGGAAUUCAACUUUGGACAGACUCUCGAUUUACGUGGUUAAUUGACAUGGAUGCUGAUACUAACGUUGCUACUAAAUCGAGCUGUGCGUACGAUCGAAUUGUCGUAGCAGGUGACCAACUUCAAGCGCUGAUUAUUAAUGGAAGUGUCGGCAUAUUCAAGUUUGAUAAAUUUUAUAACCUGACACACGAUGAAGCACUAUCGGUUAGUGACCAUUAUCCUGUUGAACUCAGUUUAAUGACAAGCCUGAACACUGAUGGAAAAUCAGCAGCAACAGAUUUCUAUGUUUUGCCUACAUUGCACACUGAUAGAAGAUCGGGAGCAAUGUUAACAGAUGUUUUGUCUACACUGCACACUGAUGAAAAAUCAGCAGCAAAGAAAUUCUAUUCUUUGCCUACGACAAAGGGCAGCACCAUCUGACUCAGAUGAACUUGGAAAAAUAUCAGAGCUCCAAGGGUGCCAGAGCUAUAUCCAGGUCAACGUUGCAAGAAUUUCGCCGUCAAAAGCCACAAUGACUGGUUUAUCAUUUGAAUUCAAAUAGCGAUGUGUGACUCUCGUAUUUCUGUCUGUCUGUCUGUCUGUCUUUCAGUCUGUCUGCCUGCCUGUCUGUCUGUCUGUCUGUCUGUCCAAUACAUAUAUUUCAUACAUUGAAAUUAGUACACUUGCAUUAAACUGUAAAACAAACAAGCAAGCCCGCAGGCCCUACGUGUCUGUCUGUUUGUCUGUCUGUCUGUCCAAUACAUAUAUUUGGAAACAUGAAUCUAGCAACAUACAAUAUGUAACUAUGAGUCACACUAUACAGAAUCACUUAGAGACUACAGAGAUCAACUACUGAACAAGCUUAGAACUAAAACCAAAGAACCCAAAGAGGGUUCCAAUUACUACAACAUUCAUUAAUGGAGAUGAGUGCAGCUUGUUUUUGCAUGGACUUACCCAAAGAUGACAUCUUGCAUUGGAUUACUCUAGCAUUGCAUCGUUGUAGUUGAACGCUGAAUAUUUUCGCCAGUAAUCCAUAGAUUGUGCUGAGAUGCUCCGAUCAUUUUUGUCAAAGGAUUGAGAUCCGAGAGAACAGAUUCGAAGGUAUUUGUCUCUCUCAUCACCCAACCCACCGAAGUGUUGAUGACUAGAGGCUUGAAUAUUAUUUGGUUGCCAGUUGGUAGCCUUUCUUGAUUUUUUUCCUCUCUUCGCUUCCAAGCUAGACCAUCUAUUUUUGAAAAUGAAGAAAAUUCCUCCGAGCUCCCAGGGAUGGGCAAGAGACAUGUCUAGGUCAAUGCUCAUACCAGAAGAUGUAUCACGUGUUACAAUGUCUGGUCUGUCAUCCGAAUUUGAGUAGCGAUGCCUUGGCUCUCCCUGUGUGGUAUGUGGAGUUUACUGAGACA